ACAAAAAGUCAGCUCGGGUCGCGAGAUAGGAACUAAUAUUACUUACCUCAUGUUUCGCUGGGGAUGGACGUUUCAGUACACCGUUUAGCAAAACAUGACAACGAGACGCUUCUAAAAAGCGAAACAUUUAUAAUUCAAUAAUAUAUUACAUAGCUAUCAGACUGGGUUAUGCAAUAAGCCACUUACGUCGGAAGUAUUCUCGUUCCUGGUAUUAAGAUCAAAGAUAUAUGCAUUGUUGUAGCAAUAUUUGAGAAAAUUGUCUAGCCCGCAACUUCAACAAUUCAACUCCUGGCAAUCAGAAAUGUCACAGGCGAGUCAGCACGGAAAAUGGACACUCUCCAGCAGCGAUGACGACAACGAUGACCCUCUCCCUUCUGCCUCAAACAACAACAGCCCUCUGUUGUUUGGCAGCCCCCCGCCUGACCAACACACAUCUUCAGAAUCUAACCACAACUACCCCAAGAUAGGCUCCAACUUCCACCAACCCAAACAUGAUCCUGAUCCUCCACCUUCCAUAGAGGUGAAACCUGAACCUAAAUCUGACACAGUGACUGCUGCCCCCCCCAUCUCUAUUGGCUCUGAGGCCAGACAUGCAGCUCAUGCCAGCCAAUUGAAGCCAGUAAAGUAUGAUUCCAACCAAUCCAGCCCCUUUCUGGCUGGUAAGAGGAAGAAGGAUGAGGAUUCAAUUUCCGGCUGGGCUCUCUCAGACAGUGAUGAUGACGAUAAGGAUAAAGGUCAAAGUUCAGGACAGAAAGACCCGCCACCCAAGAGGUCGAACCCCAAGCUGAAGAAGGCAAAGGUGGAGGAAAGGCCUCCCAGCCCCCAUGGCAGAACCUACUACAUAGACGAACCAGAUGACUUCUUUGAGACUAGCGUGCCGCCUGUCAAUGACACAUACAGGUUCUACCUCAACAAGGUCACAGGGCUGGAGAAGAGGUACAACACUGGGGCUCUGCACAUCAAAGAAAUCCUCUCUCCUUUGUUCGGGACACUGAAGGAAUCUGUGCAGUUCAACUACUGCUUUGACAUUGCCUGGAUGUUGCAGCAGUACCCACCGGAGUUCAGAGACAAGCCUGUUCUGAUUGUCCACGGAGACAAGAGAGAGGCCAAGGCCCGUCUGCUCCAGCAAGCCCAGCCCUACAGUCAAGUCCGAUUCUGCCAGGCCAAACUGGAUAUUGCUUUCGGAACACACCACACGAAGAUGAUGUUGCUGUGGUACGAGGAAGGCUUCAGAGUGGUCAUUCUUACCUCCAACAUGAUCAGAGCAGACUGGUACCAGAAAACACAGGGGUUGUGGAUGAGUCCUCUGUAUUUACGGUUACCCAAGGGGAGUCCAGAGACAGCGGGGGAGUCUCCCACCCUUUUCAAGCGGGACCUCCUGGAGUACCUGGGGGCCUAUCGUGCCCCCGAAAUCACCGACUGGAUUCAGAGGAUCAGAGAGCAUGACCUGUCUGAGACCAGGGUGUAUCUGAUAGGUUCCACUCCAGGGAGGUACUUGGGCUCAGACAUGGAGAGGUGGGGUCACCUGAGGUUGAGAAAACUGUUGCGCGACCACACACGGCCCAUCCCUAACGAAGAGAAGUGGCCUGUCAUUGGUCAGUUCUCCAGCAUCGGCUCCAUGGGGUUGGACAAGACCAAGUGGCUGGCAGGGGAGUUCCAGUGCACUCUGACCACCCUGGGCAAAUCGUCUCUUCGCCCAGAUCCCCCCAUGCACUUGAUCUACCCGUCAGUGGACGACGUGAGGACCAGUCUGGAGGGGUAUCCAGCCGGUGGCUCUCUACCCUACAGCAUCCAGACUGCUCAGAAACAAAUCUGGCUCCACAGCUACUUCCAUCGCUGGCAAGCUGAGACGACAGGGAGGAGUCACGCCAUGCCACACAUCAAGACCUACAUGAGGGCUUCGCCAGACUUCACACAACUAGCCUGGUUCCUUGUCACAAGUGCUAACUUGUCCAAAGCAGCGUGGGGGGCUCUGGAGAAGAACAACACGCAGGUGAUGGUCCGGUCAUACGAACUGGGAGUCCUCUAUGUGCCCUCUGCCUUCAGCAUGAGUACCUUUCCCGUCCAGAUGGACGUGUUUCCUGCCACCACUCCCUCUACCUCAUUUCCGGUGCCCUUCGACCUGCCACCCAAACGCUACUCGAGUAAAGGUGGACUCCAAUCAAGUUGUAGAAACAUCUCAGGGAUGAUCAUUGGAAACAGGAUGCACCGGAGCUCAAUUUCAAGUAUCAUAGCAAGAGGUCUGAAGACUUAUGUUAAUAAGAUCAGCCAUGGAUGUGGAACAUUCCCUACACCCAGGCUCCAGACACACACGGUAACAUCUGGGUCCCCUCCUGAACCACCACGCCAGACACACACACACGUUCCCUUAAACAUCCAGUUACCCGGACCCUUUGCCAGACCUUCCACAUUCUGCUCCUAUGGUGCACAGACAGGCUAAAUCAAAUGGAAUGGAGGAUGAGACACUGUUACUCUCUCUCUCUCUGUCUCCCCUUCUCACUACCUGUCCAGUCCCAACUCUGUCUCCUUAGUACAAUUAUAACUCUGUCAUCUCUCAUUCGUGUCAACCUUCUCCCUACCCUUCCUCCCUCCUUUUUUUCAUACUGUCUGUCUCUCACUUGUCUUCAGUAACUCUGACCUAAAGGCAUCCCUUACUUUCCAUUACCUGGUGCUAAAGUGAGGAGAUGACCUCCUCUCUCGCUUUUGUAUACUGGCCUCACUCUAGUGGCUGGCCAAACCUCCUGCAGAACUACUUUGUUUGCAGACUUUUGUUCCAGCCCUACUCAAACACGUUGGUAUUACAUUGUUUUGUUAUUGUAGCUAUUCAUUUAAUCAUGUACUGUGCAAAAAAAAAUCACUCACCAUGUUUGUUAUUAAAAAGAAUUGUACAAAUCCCUAGUA